AUGGUGAAGUUAAGGAAAGGAGUAGCAGCACUACAAAUGACUAGCGAAAACAGAGACAUUGACUCGCCAUCGGUAACGUGGAAUGACUAUGUCGACGUGUUCAUGAAUGGUGGAUUUGCCUCAAAGAUCUCAAUUCACAGCAUUGUCGACGGCAAGGUGUGGGCAGCGUCACCCAACGCCCUCUUCCACCCUGUGGAGGUCAAGGACAUUAUUGACGGCUUCGAUGACUCGUCAAAACUUCACCUACAAGGGAUAUGCUUGGGGGGUAGGGUGUUCACCCUCACCAGGGUGACCGGUGCAAGCAUCAUGGUGGGUCGGGACGCCCGCACUGCUGCCGGCUGUGUCAUUUUCAAGGCUAACACGUGCGUGUUGAUUGCUAUGUACGAAGAAGGAACCCACCCCGGGAGCUGCUACAGCACUAUGGUUAAAAUCGGGGAUUAUCUUCUUGAUAAAGGUUUCUGA